AUGACUGCUCCACCAAACUUUAAGGAAGGACAGUCAACCACGAGGCCUCAAAGAUUUAAUGGAAAGUACUAUGGAUGGUGGAAAACUAGAAUACAAGACUAUUUGAUGGCUGAAGAUUCUAAGCUCUGGGACAUCAUUCUUGAUGGUCCUUUUGUUCCUACAAAGACUGAUGCUGAAUCUGAAAAGCUAGAGGAAAAACCUAGGAAAAAAUAUACCGAAGCUGACAGAAAAGCCAUUGAAAAUGGGUUUAAGGCAAAGAAGAUUUUAAUGUGCGGUAUUGGACCAGAUGAAUACAAUCGUGUUUCAUCUUAUGAAACUACCAAGGAAAUAUGGGAAGCCCUCCUGACAGCUCAUGAAAGAACCUCUCAAGUCAAUUAUUUGAAUGGAAACAAGUUACGUGGAAUAAUUCCUGAACCAUUCAAAAAUCUGAAGAAUCUAGUGAAUCUUUCCCUCUGUGAUAACUCAUUGGAAGGACCCAUUCCACUUUUCUUUGGUCAGAUGAAGUCUUUAAAAAGCAUUUGCCACUACAGAGAUCUGUGCAAAAACUUCUUCGACCAAAUAAUUCCUCCAGAAUUGGGUUCUCUCCCAUCUUUGGAAAAUUUAGUUAGUAUUAUCUACUGUCUGGAGUUCAUAAUUAUUUUCUCUUCUUCUUGCCAUAAUUUCUUAUCAGGAAAAAUUGCAGACGAGCUGGGAAAUAUUAAGAGCCUCACUAGAUUGUACAUGGUGGAUAAUCAACUCUCGGGUGUACUCCCGGUCAAGCUUGGAGAUCUUGUGAAUCUAGAGGAGCUGCACUUGCAGAACAAUGAAUUUAUUGGUGCCUUGCCGCCGAGCUUCAAGAGUUUAAAGAAACGGACGUACUUGGAUGUGCGAGGGAACAAGCUCAAUGAAACAAUUCCGGAUAUUUUCGAACAGUGGCAAGAUCUGCAUGUCUUGAAUCUGAUGGGGAAUAAUUUUUCUGCGCCUUUGCCUGGCCAAAUAUCAAAGCUGAAGAGUCUAACGGAACUAUAUAUCAGUGACUUAGUUGGAAAAAGCUACUCAUUUCCAGAUUUAUCUGGAAUGGAAUUUUUGAGAAUUUUGACAUUGAGGAAUUGCUCAAUAGAUGCCAACAUCCCUAUUUGGAUAUGGAAGCUAUUUCGCCUACAGUAUCUGGACUUGAGUGUCAAUAGUUUGUUUGGUGCAAUUCCAGAAGCUGUUAACCCUCGUUGAAUUAUAUAUUUCUAAGAAGAAAUAAGCUCAACAAGACAAUUCCAUCUUGGAUGAAUGCUACUUCA